AGAGAGAGAGAGCAGAGUAAAUUUAUUUACCGGUGCAUAAUUGGCGAGUGAAGUCUGUCCUCGGAGCAUCUCCUUCUCACCCACGCCGACCACCCCUCCUCCCCCGUCCGGCAAACCCUAGCCCGUCGCCGCCGCCAAUGGAGGAGGAGGAGGAGGAGGAGGUAGAGAUCCGCGACUGGGCGGGGAUGCCGUCGGACGCGCUGUUCGCGGUGUUCGGGAAGCUGGACGUGGCCGACAUCCUGGCGGGGGCCGGCCGGGCGUGCCGCGCGUGGCGCCGGCUCGCGGACGGCGACGCCGCGCUGUGGCGCCGCCUCGACAUGACCCACCACGGCGACAUCCUCGAGACCGAGGAGGCCGAGGCCAUGGCCCGCGCCGCCGUCGACCGCGCCGCCGGCACCCUCCAGUCCUUCUGCGCCGACACCUUCGUCACCGACGCCCUCCUCGCCUACAUCUCCUCCAGGGCAUCCUUGCUGAAGAGCCUUCAACUGAGCCUGUGUGAUGAAGUAUCCAACGAGGCACUGGCAGAGGCAGUCAAGGGCUUUCCUCAGCUAGAGGAGCUGGAUAUCACAUUCUGCUCACUGAACAGCAACGUGUGCGAGUCAGUCGGCAGAGCCUGCCCACGCCUGAAAUCCUUUCGGCUGAACGAGCGCUGGACCAUGCUCCAAAGGGGGUUCGCGGCCUUCGAGGGCAUGGACGAUGACACGGGAGCGCUCGGGAUCGCAAGCAGCAUGCCCGAGCUCCGAGACCUCCAGCUGAUCGGCAACAACCUGACCAAUGUGGGGCUGGCGGCGAUCCUUGACAACUGCCCCCGCCUCGAGUCCCUUGACGUGCGCCGCUGCUGCAACCUCCAGAUGGACGAUGCCAUGAGGUCCAAGUGCGCCAGGAUCAGGAACCUCAGGCUUCCCCAGGACUCCAUCUCUGACUUCAAGUACCGGGCAUACAUCGCCAGCAGUGAUGACUACCCUGGUUCCGACUUCGAGGUCGACGUGUAUGAUGAUCUGCUGGACGUGGUCACGGACGAGGAGGACGCUGAGUUCGAUGACAUGGAUGACUAUCUCGACGAAGCGGGCUCGGACGCUGACAUGUACGAUGAUGUGUUUGGUGAUGUUUGAAGGAGAUGAAAUGAUGUGGGUGUUUCCCUGUGUCUGUGUCGAAACUCUUGAAGCUAGCCUCUCGCGCUUUGGUACCGGAUGUCGAUCCGCUCAUGUUUCCGUCUCCUCCUGUUUGUUAACUAAUCUACUCUCUUGCUGUGAAAUCGGGCUAGUUUUCUCUCUGCUAUUGUAAUUUUAUGCCGCACUUGUGAACUGCCACUCAAUAAAACUGCAUGUAAAUUAAGUAUUGACGCCAAUGUUAUAUGUUGUGUUUGGUUGA